CUGCAUCCAUAGCUUCCCUAUUCAAUCUGCAGUCUCUUACACAUAUCCCGAAAUCCAAUCCCACCAACAACCUUCACAAACAAGCAGCAUAUAUUAGCAGCAUCGACAUGGCAAUAAUGUUCCCAAAGUUACUAAUUGAAUCCGAUGUCAAGAAAUGCUUGUUGAUCCCAUCUUGUUCUGUGGGAUCAAGUAUACCGGAGGAAGGGCAUUUGUACAUGGAUGCACUAGAUAAAGCCGGAAAAGCCUGGAGUUUCCCCUGCUCUGUUCACCAUGACGAGACCACUGGAACUGUUGUUUCUGUUUGCUGGGACGAUCAGGGCAAAUGACAAGGUGGUUCUCAAGGAAAAAUAUAUGGCGGAGGGGACGAUCUUUAUGGUUGAUGUGAAGAGAAAGAUCAGAUUGCUUGGUGAGGAUAUUUGGGCUGAUGCCUGAAGUUGGUGACUUGACGUCCAGGAUACACCAUAGUGGAAGUUUAAUGUUCAUUAUUCUUUUAUUCUAAUCAAAAGUGUGUGUGAUGAAUUGUGAUCAUUAAAUUGUUUUAUUCAUU